GGGGGAGCUACAGGCCUAAAUGACCUUUAGGAUUUAGAGCAGGAGGCACCGGGCGACGCUCCCUCACAUUGUGCUGAGAGUCAUCAAUUAUGCAGGGAAGCCGCUAGCUCUGAGGAGGGCUGCUGGACGUGGAGGUACUGGUGGUGUGUGUGAAGGAAAGACCGGGGGGGGGGAGAGACGGCAGCAACAAUAUGGCGACAACCGCAGUUUCUCCCCGACCGUUCCAGCAUCUGCAGUCCCGCGCAGGCUUCUCCCCGGAUCCUCUGUAACGAUUUCAAGAGCUGCUAGAGUGGAUGGUCCAAACCUAAAGACCAAGUAGUUGCAGGAUGAAAACAUGGCUGCACCCCUUCUCGCACCGCCAGGACCUGAUAGCUUCAAGAGGUUUAAUGUGGAAUCUUUGGUGGCCCUCGAGCAGCGCAUCAACGAGGAGAAGAACAAGAAGCCACCCAAGCAGGACAGCAGUUACCGCGACGACGAUGACGAGAACAAGCCCAAGCCCAACAGCGACCUGGAGGCUGGGAAGAGCCUGCCCUACAUCUAUGGGGACAUCCCUAAAGGAAUGGUGGCGGUACCACUGGAGGAUCUGGACCCGUACUACCUGAACUCUCAGAAAACAUUUAUAGUGCUAAAUAAAGGGAAGACAAUCUUCCGUUUUAGUGCCACACCUGCCUUGUACUUCAUAAGUCCUUUUAAUCCGGUUAGGCAAAUAGCUAUUAAAAUUUUGAUACAUUCUCUUUUCAGCAUGAUCAUUAUGUGUACUAUUUUGACCAACUGUAUAUUCAUGACCUUUAGUGAUCCUCCCGAAUGGUCAAAACAAGUAGAGUACACAUUCACAGGAAUUUAUACAUUUGAGUCUCUUGUAAAAAUUACGGCGCGAGGAUUCUGUAUAGACGGGUUUACAUUCCUCCGAGACCCAUGGAACUGGCUGGAUUUCAUGGUCAUCUCCAUGGCGUAUAUAACAGAGUUUGUAAACCUAGGCAAUGUCUCAGCUCUGCGCACGUUCAGGGUGUUGAGGGCAUUGAAAACUAUUUCUGUAAUUCCAGGCCUGAAGACCAUCGUGGGUGCCCUCAUCCAGUCUGUCAAGAAGCUUUCGGACGUGAUGAUCCUGACCGUCUUCUGCCUGAGCGUCUUUGCACUCAUCGGCCUGCAGCUCUUCAUGGGAAACCUGCGCCACAAGUGUGUCAUCUGGCCCAUCAACGUCACUGAGAGCUACCCGCCCAACGGCAGCAGCAGCUUUGACUGGGACGAGUACAUCAUGAACAAGACAAACUUCUACUUCCUGCCUGGCCAGACAGAUGCUCUUCUCUGUGGGAACAGCUCAGACUCUGGCCGCUGCCCGGAGGGCUAUACAUGCAUGAAAGCUGGGAGGAAUCCAAACUACGGCUACACCAGCUUUGACAGCUUUGGCUGGGCCUUCUUGGCUCUCUUCCGACUCAUGACACAGGACUUCUGGGAAAACCUUUACAUGCUGACCCUGAGGGCGGCAGGGAAGACCUACAUGAUCUUCUUUGUGUUGGUGAUCUUUGUGGGUUCCUUCUACUUGGUGAAUCUGAUCUUGGCUGUGGUGGCCAUGGCUUAUGAGGAGCAGAACCAGGCCACCAUGGAGGAGGCUCAGCAAAAGGAGGAGGAGUUCAAGGCCAUGCUGGAGCAGCUCAAGAAACAACAGGAAGAUGCUCAGACUGCAGCCAUGGCGACCUCGGCGGGAACAGUCUCAGAGGAUGCAGUGGAGGACGAUGGAGGAGGGCGCCUCUCGUGCAGCUCCUCAGAGAUGUCCAAGCUCAGCUCCAAGAGUGCCAAAGAGCGGCGCAACCGCAAGAAGAAAUGGCGGCAGAAGGAGCAAGAGAAGGAGAAAGGUGACAGUGAGAAGUUUGUCAAGUCCGAGUCAGAUGACGGUAGCAAGAGGAGCCGCUUCCGUUUUCCUGAUAACCGCCUGGGACGAAAGUCUUCCAUUAUGAACCAGUCCCUUCUCAGCAUACCUGGCUCACCCUUCCUGUCCCGCCACAACAGCAAGAGCAGCAUUUUCAGUUUCAAGGGCCGCGGAAAGGACGUGGGUUCAGAGAACGAGUUUGCUGAUGACGAACACAGCACGGUAGAGGAGUGCGAGGAGCGCCGGGGCUCCCUGUUCAGCCCGUACCGGCGGAGCAGUUACAGUGGCUACCACGGCAAGAGAAACAGCACGGUGGAUUGCAACGGCGUUGUGUCCCUCAUCGGCCCUGGGCCCGGUGGACGCCUUCUGCCUGAGGUGAAAAUAGAUAAGGCAGCUACUGACGACAGUCCAACUACUGAGGUUGAGGUGAAGAAGAAGCUGUCGGGCUCCCUGAUGGUGUCUGUGGACCAGCUCAAUACCUCCUUUGGGCGGAAAGAGCGGGCCAACAGUGUCAUGAGCGUCAUUACCAACACACUAGUGGAGGAACUGGAGGAGUCUCAGCGCAAGUGUCCGCCAUGCUGGUAUAAGUUUUCUAACACAUUCCUCAUAUGGGAAUGCUCCCCCACUUGGUUGAAGAUCAAGGAGAUUGUCAACCUGAUUGUCAUGGAUCCCUUUGUGGACCUGGCCAUCACCAUCUGUAUCGUCCUCAACACGCUCUUCAUGGCCAUGGAGCACUACCCCAUGACCCCUGACUUUGAACAUAUGCUGUCUGUGGGCAAUCUGGUCUUCACUGGAAUCUUUGCAGGGGAGAUGAUGUUCAAGCUGGUGGCUAUGGAUCCCUAUUACUACUUCCAAGAAGCGUGGAAUUGUUUUGAUGGCUUCAUCGUGACGCUGAGUUUAGUCGAGCUGGCUCUGGCUGAUGUCGAGGGUCUGUCUGUGCUGCGGUCGUUCCGAUUGCUGAGAGUGUUUAAGCUGGCCAAAUCAUGGCCGACUCUCAACAUGCUGAUCAAGAUCAUCGGUAACUCAGUGGGGGCCUUAGGGAACUUGACUCUCGUGUUGGCCAUCAUCGUCUUCAUCUUUGCCGUGGUGGGCAUGCAACUGUUUGGCAAAAGUUACAAAGACUGCGUGUGCAAGAUUGACGCCGACUGUGAGCUGCCACGAUGGCACAUGAACGACUUCUUCCAUUCCUUCCUGAUUGUCUUCCGGGUGCUGUGUGGCGAGUGGAUUGAGACCAUGUGGGACUGCAUGGAGGUGGCAGGCCAGGCCAUGUGCCUCAUCGUGUUCAUGAUGGUCAUGGUCAUUGGUAACUUGGUGGUGUUGAACCUGUUCCUUGCCUUGCUGCUGAGCUCAUUCAGUGCUGACAACUUGGCUGCAACGGACGACGACGGGGAGCUCAACAACUUGCAGAUUUCUGUCAUGCGCAUCAAGAAAGGUAUUGCGUGGAUAAAAGCCAAAAUGCGUCUGCUAGUGGCCAGUUUAUUGAGGAAACCGCCGAUGGAGGAUGAGCAGAAGCCUUUGGAUGACAUGUAUGACAAGAAGCUCAACUGUAUUGCCAACCACACUGGGGUGGACAUCAACCGAGAACUGGACUAUGCAAAGAAUGGUAAUGGGACCACCAGUGGCAUUGGCAGCAGCGUGGGCAAGUAUAUGAUCGAUGAGGAUCACAUGUCGUUCAUCCACAACCCAAACCUGACCGUCUGCGUGCCCAUUGCUGUUGGGGAGUCUGAUUUUGAGAACCUUAAUACGGAGGACUUCAGCAGCGAGUCGGACAAUGAAAACAGCAAAGAGCUGGAUGACACCAGCUCAUCCGAGGGAAGCACUAUUGACAUCAAGCCAGAUGUGGAGGAGGUGGUGGUGGUGGAGACGGUGGAGGAAUACAUGGAACCAGAGUCAUGUUGGACAGAUGCGUGUGUUGCCAAGUACAAGUGUUGUGAUGUUGACAUCACCCUGGGAUGGGGGAAGAGCUGGUGGUUCUUGAGGAAAACUUGCUACCUGAUUGUGGAGCACAACUGGUUCGAGACUCUCAUCAUCUUCAUGAUCCUCCUCAGCAGUGGAGCCCUGGCCUUUGAGGACGUGUACAUUGAGCAAAGGAAAACCAUCCGGAUCAUUCUGGAGUAUGCAGACAGGGUUUUCACCUACAUCUUUAUCCUGGAGAUGUUGCUGAAAUGGGUGGCAUAUGGCUUUGUCAAGUACUUCACCAACGCUUGGUGUUGGUUGGACUUCUUCAUUGUGGAUGUGUCUAUAGUCAGCCUUGUAGCUAAUGCGCUGGGCUACUCCGAUCUAGGGCCCAUUAAAUCACUCAGGACACUAAGGGCCUUGAGACCCCUCAGAGCCUUGUCACGUUUUGAAGGGAUGAGGGUGGUAGUCAACGCCUUGGUGGGUGCCAUCCCUUCCAUUAUGAACGUGUUGCUGGUUUGCCUCAUCUUUUGGCUGAUUUUCAGUAUCAUGGGGGUCAACCUGUUUGCGGGAAAAUACUACUUUUGUUUCAACGAGACCUCUGAGGAAUAUUUUCCUGUCGAUGUGGUUAACAAUAAGACCCAGUGUGAAGCCCUCAUUCACCAAAACUUUACUGAGGUCAGGUGGAAGAAUGUCAAAAUUAACUUUGACAACGUGGGCGCCGGCUACCUCGCCUUACUGCAAGUGGCCACAUUCAAAGGCUGGAUGGACAUUAUGUAUGCCGCUGUGGAUUCCAGAGAGGUGGAAGACCAGCCCGACUAUGAAGUCAACAUCUACAUGUACAUCUACUUUGUCGUUUUCAUCAUAUUUGGUUCCUUCUUCACCCUCAACCUCUUUAUCGGUGUCAUCAUCGACAAUUUCAACCAGCAGAAGAAAAAGUUUGGAGGUCAGGAUAUCUUCAUGACGGAGGAACAGAAAAAGUACUACAACGCCAUGAAAAAACUGGGCUCUAAAAAGCCUCAGAAACCCAUCCCUCGACCACAGAACAAGAUCCAAGGGAUGGUGUUUGACUUUGUCACGCAGCAGGUUUUCGACAUCUCCAUCAUGAUCCUCAUUUGCCUCAACAUGGUCACCAUGAUGGUGGAAACGGAUGAUCAGUCGGAUGAAACAGAGAAUGUCCUCUACUGGGUCAACUUCAUCUUCAUUGUGGUCUUCACCACAGAGUUCUUGCUCAAGCUCUUCGCUCUUCGCCACUAUUACUUUACUAACGGCUGGAAUAUCUUUGAUGUGGUGGUGGUCAUCCUGUCCAUUGUUGGUAUGUUCUUGGCCGACCUCAUUGAGAAGUACUUUGUAUCGCCGACUCUGUUCAGGGUGAUCCGGUUGGCUCGUAUCGGACGUAUCCUUCGUUUAAUAAAAGGAGCUAAGGGCAUCCGGACUUUACUCUUUGCUCUGAUGAUGUCACUGCCAGCCCUGUUCAACAUCGGCCUCCUGCUUUUCCUGGUCAUGUUCAUCUUCUCCAUCUUCGGCAUGUCCAACUUUGGCUAUGUGAAACACGGAGCUGGCAUCGACGACUUGUACAACUUCGAGACCUUUGGCAACAGCAUGAUCAUCCUGUUUAUGAUCACCACGUCGGCUGGCUGGGAUGGCCUUCUUCUGCCCAUCCUCAAUUACCCACCAGACUGCAAACUAGACUUUGAAAACCCUGGCACCUCUGUGAAGGGUAACUGCGGUAAUCCCUCAGUGGGAAUCUUUUUCUUUGUCAUGUAUAUCAUAAUUUCUUUCCUGAUUGUGGUGAACAUGUACAUCGCCAUCAUCCUGGAGAACUUCAGCGUGGCAACAGAGGAAAGUGCCGAUCCGCUCAGUGAGGACGACUUUGAGACGUUUUAUGAGAUCUGGGAGAAAUUUGACCCCACAGCCUCCCAGUUCAUCACUUUUGCCAAGCUGUCUGACUUUGCCGACGCACUGGAACAUCCGCUCCGUGUGCCGAAACCGAACACAAUAGAGCUUAUCGCCAUGGACAUGCCCAUGGUGAGCGGCGAUCGCAUUCACUGCCUGGACAUCUUGUUUGCCUUCACAAAGCGUGUGCUGGGUGACAGUGGUGAGUUGGACAUGCUGAGACAGCAGAUGGAGGAGCGCUUUGUGGCAGCCAAUCCUUCCAAGGUGUCAUACGAGCCCAUCACCACCACCCUCCGCCGCAAACAGGAGGACGUCUCCGCCAGAAUUAUCCAGAACGCCUACCGCGCCUGCCUCAUCAGGCGCGGCAUCAUCUUUAAGCGUCAUACUUUUACAAACAAUAAGCUGGAAAACGGUGGGACCAACCAAGAGAAGAAGGAGAGCACGCCGUCCACAGCCUCGCUUCCCUCUUACGACAGUGUGACCAAACCCGAUAAGGAGAAGCAGGAUGACAACAAAGAGGAGUGGGCCAAGAAAGAGAAGGACAAAAACCAAAAAGACGAGUGGGAAUCCAAGUGUUAGGGUUCAGUAACUCUUACUAUUCAAUGAAACACAUCGCGAUGAGACUCUUGAGCCCAAACCCAACAAAUAGAAACAGUGAUCAUUUGCAAGUAAUAAAACCCAAGAAAAACACAAAAAAAUGUUUACAGACUCAUACUGCUGAGGCAAUGUGGUUUCUUAUGUCAUCAGAGACAGCUGAACCAAACACAAUCAGUUUACUGUGGAACUUUGCUGCAUAGCGACCAAGUUGAUAGGAGUGAACAAGCAGUGUGCUGGCCAGGCACACACAUUCCUGUUGGGGACCAGUUUGCCAAGGCACACAGAUCUCUGCUAAGUGAUCAGAGAACAGCAAAGUCCCUGCCACCGCUAAGAGUGAAGCUCCUCUGCAGAGCUUCCAUGAGACCGGAGCGGACCAGCCUGCUAGAACUGUCUGAUCAGUCUUAAAGGAGGGUCCUGGAACACAAAGUGUACCAUCUUUAUUAAGAAGAAAAUUAAAAAAGCAAGUUUUAGCUAGUGCGAGGGAGGGGUUAGGGAAACCCAGAAACGUAGACAAAGAAUUUUUUUUUGUUUGUUUGUGCUGAGUAGACUUGCAUCCUUACAUUAUUUGAGCAGCAAAAAAAAAAAAAGACAACAACAUUGAGCCCAUGUCACAAUCGUUUCCAUUUCCUCUUUGUUAUUCUGACAAAAGACAUUUUGGCGUUCACACUGACCGACCGACAGAGUGGGUAGGGCUUUUCAGUCGUUGUUUUGACUUGGACUGAAGGAGACUUGCUCAGACCGAGUUCCAGAUAAAUACUAAUUAUUGUGCUUGUUCAAUGCAUAGAAAUGACUUGCAUGAAGGCAUGUUUUGAUCAGGAGUCAUGCAUGAGUAAUCAUCGUCCACAAGACACUUAAUUCUCACAACACUGCAGUGUGGUGUGUGGUUGGAGGCUAUCCAUUGGAGAAAUUAAGAGAUUUGGGGUAAUUAUAGAUAGAAUAUUGAGGAAAAUGAUUCUCCAAUAAUAAUUCUGGCCAAUGAAGGAUGUAAGCACUUACGUAUACUUAAACUUGAAAGUUUUUUUUCUGCUCUGCAUGUCAAAGUGGAAGAGUUGAGAAUAUCCUCAUGUUGAGGAUGCACAGAUUUGGAGCGUGGGUUAUCCUCAUCCAAAUCUGCGGCUUACAUCUCUUUGUUUACUCUCAUUUGUCAGUCACUAUCUUGAUGAUAUUAGUCCAUCUGCAAAUAAUGAAUAGGGGACGUGUUGUAGCCGAGUCACAAGUAUGCUUUUUCGUUGGGCUUGCGGAGGAAGAAAAUGUGUUACAUGCAGUAGGUUAGGGAUUCAUUACUUUUGUACACUUGACAAGAUAUGCAUCAGUGCUUCCCAGCGAAUGAGUUGUUAGGUCGUGCUUUUUGGACAUUUUUGAGUUGCCAGCUUUAGUGAAAUGAAGCCGUCUCUCUCUGAUGUCCUUGUGAUGCAAUCAUUCUCAGAAAAGGCUUUUAUCAGCGAGAGUGACACAGCGCAUCUGAAACGACAGGGUGAGCGGCCAGUUAUCCCGAUGACUAGCCUUGUCGUGCCUAGCGUAAAUGCAAAGGGAAAUGCACCAAAGGGCUUGUGGUUUCUAGAAUAUAAAUGGAUUUUGUCUGUGGGUGGUACUUAAUAACAGAAUCAAUGUCUGACUGCCAUGGGAGGUGGAGACUUCUGCUUUGGUUGGAGUGCUGAAAAGUCCCAUUUUUGUCAUUGUGUCAUUGUGCUCUUGUGUGACCUCUUCUGUGCGGUCUUGUCAGACCCUGUUUUCACAUAAAUAUAUCACACGCUUCCAGUUUGUUAGGCUAAACACAAACACUUAACGAUGAAACAUCAGCAGGCCUCUCAUUGAUGCAGCUAUGGUGUAAAAAUAAGCUUUGUGGGUGUUUUUUGUCCAUGAAGAAAUGUGAGGCUUUGUCAAUCCAGCUGCCUCCUUAGGUGUUCCUGCCAUUCCUUUUCUACACUGGAGUCGAUGGUCCUAUAUUUCUAAGCGGAUGAGCACCACUAAUGCCAUUUGGUGUGUUUAACACUGCCUGUACCUUGACCCCCUUUUGUCUGUACCAUGAAACCAGGUCUGUUUACAAUAUGAGGUCUCUGAGUAAAUUUGGCUGCUGCACACUGAAACCAAAUACAUUCCCAAUGAGAACCACUGGAGGACUAAGCCGCGCCAUCCGAACUGGAGCACGCUCAUCUCUGAUAUAAGCGUUCAAGAGGACUCAUUCAUACACACUUGAAGGAACAACAAACAAACAAAAAAGACAAAAAAAUAUGGAUGUACAGUGCAGGCUAUGAUGUAAAUGGCACAAUCGCUGACAAAGAACAAC